AUGAAUUCCACCUUUGGCAAAACGUUUCUCUUUCUCACGAACCUCGCGUGGAAGAGUCGGGUCUCACUGCCGGUGCUCAUAACGGCCGGUUUCAUGAUACUGAACUUUCGCUGGGAGGUCGAGAUCAACAUCCACACCGAGCGGAUCGCCAUCCAGGGCGUGGAUGAUGGGCGGGGUGGUGGAGGAGGCGGCGGUGCCAAUCGGGUUGCCGGCGUGGCCGCGAUCGAUUACAGCCUGGAGGAGUCGUGGGAAAGUACCGACGAGGACGAGGACGACGAUGAGUACGACGAGGACGAGGAAACGGAGUACGAUUCCGAGGGGGAUGAUGAAGAUCUGUCCACGGAUGACGAGUUGAGGCGGAUAUCGUUGGUUACGUUUUGA